AUGGUGUUUCUUAAAGUUGGUCCUAUGAAAGGGGUGAUGCAGUUUGGGAAAAAGGACAAGCUAAGUCUGAGAUUUGUUGGACCUUUUGUUAUUCUGGAUAGAGUUGGUGAUUUAGCUUAUAGGCUUGCUUUACCACCGGCAUUAUCUGGCGUGCAUAAUGUUUUUCAUGUAUCCAUCCUCUGUAAGUAUGUUCAUGAUCCUUCACACGUGAUGAAUUUUGAGCCUCUUCAACUCAAUACGUACCUUACAUAUGAAGAGUUACCACUCCGAAUCGUAUAUCAAAAGGAAAAAGAAUUACGCACUAAGACUAUUGCUUUGGUAAAAGCUCUAUGGACAAAUCAUACAGUAGAGGAAGCCACUUAG